CGAAUGGAGGACGGGGGCGGGGCGGACCUCGGAGGGAGGGGUGGAGAAGAUAGGUCUACCCCAGCUGAUACUGUGCCGUGGGCGCCGUGACGCCAAGGCGUGCGCUCUGCAGCGCGGGAAUAAGGUCUGUUGAGUUGGUGUCCGGCCUGGAUGCCUGGCUUCCAGGCCCUGCUGUUGUGGCGCUUCACAAUUCGUCCAGCUGAAGGAGGAGACCCGUUGAACUGGCUCUUCUCAGGGCCUCUCUCUGAGUUUUCUUUCAAAGAUUGCACUGUAUUUAUUCACAGAGUAAUUGUGUUUUGGAUUUUGCUACUUGACCUUAUUAAAGAUGAAUGAAAAAAAAUUGGAAACAACUCCACAGCAGCGGAAACUUCCAGAAUGGAUGUCUAUGCAGAAUGAGAGAUGUCAUGUAGAAGAAAGAAAGGCAUCUGUUCAGAGGAGUAUUUUUGAAGAUGUUCUCCCCUUCUUAGAGUUCACUGGAUCCAUUGUUUAUAGUUAUGAAGCUAGUGAUUGUUCUUUUCUGUCAGAAGAUAUUAGCAUGAGUCUGUCUUUUGGAGAUGUGGUAGGAUUUGACAUGGAAUGGCCACCAGUAUACACUCCAGGGAAGCAGGGCAGAGUGGCACUGAUUCAGUUAUGUGUGUCAGAGAGCAAAUGUUACUUGUUUCAUAUUUCUUCUAUGGCAGUUUUUCCUCAGGGAUUAAAAAUGUUGCUUGAAAAUGAAGCAAUUAAAAAAGCAGGUGUAGGAAUCCAAGGAGAUCAGUGGAAACUUCUAAAGGACUUUGACAUCAAAUUGAAGAAUUUUGUGGAGCUGACAGAUGUUGCUAAUGACAAGCUGAAAUGUAAAGAGACCUGGAGCCUCAAUGGUUUGGUUAAACACCUCUUCGGCAAACAGCUUCUGAAAGACAGGUCUAUCUGCUGUAGCAACUGGACUGAUUUUCCUCUUACUGAAGAUCAGAAACUGUAUGCAGCCACUGAUGCGUAUGCUGGUCUCAUCAUUUAUCGAAAAUUAGAGAAUUUAAGUGAUGCUGUGCAAAUGUUUGCUAUAAAAAAAGAGGAAGAAAUGCUAUCUAGUGAUGUGAAGAAACAACUGAUUUCAGUAUCUGAGGAUAUGAUGGAUCUGGCUAAGCGUCUUCCUGACACUUUGAAAAAAUUGGAAGAUCCACAGAGGAUUUCUACACUAUUAAAUGAUAUUUCAGAAAAUCUGUAUUCAUGGAGGAAGACAAUAUUUGGUUCAACUGAGACUGAACUGAGGCCCAGUGCUAAUUUUCACUUAUCACCAUUGGAAAAUCCAACUGCUGAUGGAGUACAACAGAAACAAAUUAGAGAACAUGAAAGUUUUACUAAAGUUAAAGAUGAGACGUGGGACACAACACUUGAUAUAAUUAAACAUGAUGAGGAAAAUGUACUUGGAAAUGAAGUAAAACAAAGAGAAGAUGGGCUUGAAGAUGUAUUAGAAGAAGACAAUAAGUUGAGAGAGAACACAGAAAGAAUUUGUUUGCACUCAUUAGAUAUUACAGAAUAUGAACUACAGAUUUUGGAGCAGCAGGCUCAGGAAAAAGUUCUUAGUGAUGUUACUUGCAAAUCUCCUGAGGAUUUAUUUUCCAAGGAUAAUGAAGAGGAUGUAUCUUAUGUAAUUGAAAGUGAUGAAGAUUUAGAACUAGAGAUGAUUAAGUCUUUAGAAAAUCUAAAUAGUGGCACGGCAGAUUCAAUUCAUUCAAAAGGCAUAAAAAUGGACAGAAAUCUGGAUGUUCCUUUUGAAGAUGAUGAAGAUGAGUUUGAAACUAUUAAAGAAGAAGGAGAUGAUGAAGACCAUUCAUUACCAGGACCUAAUGAAAUGCAAAUUAAUUUCCUCAAGAAGUACUUUGGCCAUUCAAGUUUUAAACCGGUUCAGUGGAAGGUGAUUCAUUCUGUACUGGAAGAAAGAAGAGAUAAUGUUGUUGUGAUGGCAACUGGAUAUGGAAAGAGUUUGUGCUUCCAGUUCCCACCUGUGUAUGUAGGCAAGAUUGGCCUUGUCAUCUCUCCUCUUAUUUCUUUGAUGGAAGACCAAGUACUCCAGCUUCAAAUGUCCAACAUUCCAGCUUGUUUUCUGGGAUCAGCACAGUCAAAAAAUGUUCUAGAGGAUAUUAAAUUAGGCAAAUAUCAAAUUGUGUAUGUAACUCCAGAAUUCUGUUCGGGUAACUUGAGCCUACUCCAGCAACUUGAGGCUAAUAUUGGUAUUACACUUAUUGCUGUGGAUGAGGCUCACUGUAUUUCUGAAUGGGGACAUGAUUUCAGGAAUUCAUUCAGGACUUUGGGCUCCCUAAAGAAAGUACUCCCCACGGUUCCAAUUGUUGCAGUCACUGCUACUGCAAGUUCUUCAAUCCGGGAAGACAUUAUACAUUGCUUAAAACUGAAGAAUCCUCAGAUUACCUGUACUGGUUUUGAUCGACCAAACUUGUAUUUGGAAGUUGGACGAAAAUCAGGAAACAUCCUUCAGGAUCUAAAGCAAUUUCUUGUCCAAAAGACAAGUUCCACCUGGGAAUUUGAAGGUUCAACUAUCAUCUAUUGUCCUUCCAGAAAAAUGACAGAAGAAGUUACAGCUGAACUUAGGAAGGUGAAGUUAGCCUGUGGAACAUACCAUGCAGGCAUGUGUGUUACUGCAAGGAGAGAGGUUCAUCACAGGUUCAUGAGAGAUGAAAUUCAGUGUGUCGUGGCUACCAUAGCUUUUGGCAUGGGCAUUAAUAAAGCUGACAUUCGCAAGGUCAUUCAUUAUGGCGCUCCUAAGGAAAUGGAAUCCUAUUACCAGGAGAUUGGGAGAGCCGGCCGUGAUGGACUUCAGAGUUCUUGUCAUGUACUUUGGGCUCCAGUAGACAUUCAGUCAAAUAGGAACCUCCUUAGUCAGAUACCCAGUGAAAAGUUUCGAUUAUAUAAACUAAAUAUGGUGGCAAAGAUGGAAAACUAUCUUCUUUCCAGAAGAUGUAGGCGACAAAUCAUCUUGUCUCAUUUUGAAGACAAACAACUGCGAAAGGCCUCUGUGGGUAUUAUGGAAACUGAAAAAUGCUGUGAUAAUUGCAGGUCCAGAUUGGAUCAUUGCUUUUCCAUUGAUGACUCAGAUGAUACCCCACAGGACUUCGGUCCACAGGCAUUCCAGCUAUUAUCUGCUGUGAACAUCUUAGGAGAAAAGUUUGGAAUUGGGCUUCCGAUUUUAUUUCUCCGAGGAUCUAAUUCCCAGCGUCUUGCAGAUCAAUAUCGCAGACAUGAUUUAUUUGGCAAUGGCAAGGAUCACACAGAGAAUUGGUGGAAGGCUUUGUCCCAUCAGCUCAUGACUGAGGGAUUCUUGACGGAAAUUCCUGGGUCUUCCAAAUUUAUAAGGAUUUGCACUCUUACGAAAAAGGGUAGAGACUGGCUUGAUAAAGCCAAAACAGAAUUUCCUAAGAAACUUAUCCUUCAAGCUAAUGAAGAAUUGUGUCUAACAGAGUUUCCUCAACCAAGUUCUAAAACCGUAUCACUUGGCAUGCAACAGUGUUCCUAUACUCAAGAACCAACUGAAUUAACUGCAGAGAAGCAGUCUAACUUGGAGAAGAUGUAUUCUUACAAAGCAUCUGAUAAAAUUUCUUCUGGCAGUAACAUUCCCAAAAGAAGCAUCAUGGUAUAUUCACCAGGAAAAUCUUACAAGUCCUCAGAACCUGUUAUUUCAGCUGAAGAGCAGAAGACUCAGACUAUGCUGUAUAGCAAACUGGUGGAAGCAAGGCAGGAACAUGCCAAUCAAAAGGGUGUUCCUCCCGCUAUUCUGGCAACAAAUAAGAUACUGCUGGAUAUGGCCAAAAUAAGACCUACUACAGUUGAAAAUGUGAAAAGGAUCGAUGGUGUUUCUGAAGGCAAAGCUCUUAUGUUGGCCCCUCUGUUGGAAGUUAUCAAACAUUUCUGUCAAAAAAAUAGCAUUCAGACAGACCUCUUUCCAAAUACAAAACUUCAGGAAAAACAAGGGAACAGUCUGGUGCCGAAAAAUGGAGCAUGCUCCCUUUCGCAGUCUGUGGCCAUCACGUAUUCUUUAUUCCAAGAAAAGAAGAUGUCUUUGAUGAGGAUAGCUGAGAAUAGGAUUCUGCCUCUCACAGCAGUUGGCAUGCACUUAUCCCAGGCGGUGAGAGCUGGCUGCCCACUUGAUACGGAGCGAGCAGGCCUGACUCCAGAGGUUCAGAAGAUUAUUGCUGAUGUUAUCCGAAACCCUCCCAUCAACUCAGAUAUAAAUAAAAUCAAACUUAUUAGAGCAUUGGUUCCUAAAAACAUUGACACAUACCUUAUCCAUAUGGCAAUUGAGAUCCUGGAAAAAGAUGGUGACAACAGACGGUUAGACCAGCUUUCCUGUGAUUCCACCAGAAAGAGAUGUUUCCCCAACUCUGAAGAGAGCUGUUCAAGUUCUAAGAGAAGCAAGGAAGAAAUUUCACUUGUAACCUCAAUGAGAAAAUUACCUGAGUGGUUUGCCAAAGAAAAUGAGACUUCAGCUGAGACCAGCAAGCAAUCAAUGGCCAAAACAAAAAAGAGAGGUCUUUUUAGUUAAAUUGGUGAUUGCCAGAGGAAUUAUGUGUGUCUUGCUGUAUUAUAAGAGGGGAUCUUGUUUCAUUUCUGAAAAUAGCGGGGGCCAACGUUUCAGUUUAAAAAUUAUUCUAAUCUCUAAAGUAAAACUCACCUAUUUGUUGAA